GGUUUCAAAGGAAUCCAAUGAAAAAUAUAUACAAAUGUUGAAAAUUCCUCCGAGAUUCUUCUCUGUUUACUCAACUCUCAUCCACAUUCUUGCCUCCUUCCUCUGCUCCUCCGACGUCAGAGGCGAUUUUCCGGCGACUAGAUUUGAUCUCGGAACGUUGACUCUCUCAAGUCUCAAACUUCUCGGCGAUGCUCAUCUCAACAACGGAACUAUAAAGCUCACUCGUGAACUCUCUGUUCCCACUUCCACCGCCGGAAAAGCUCUUUAUGGAAAACCGGUUAAAUUCCGGCAUCCGGAGACUAAAUCUCCGGCGAGUUUCACCACUUACUUCUCCUUCUCGGUAACGAAUCUCAACCCUUCUUCAAUUGGCGGUGGAUUAGCUUUCGUAAUCUCCCCUGAUGAAGAAUACUUAGGAUCCGCCGGUGGAUUUCUCGGUCUAACCGAAGAAUCCGGAUCCGGGUCGGGUUUUGUGGCGGUUGAAUUCGAUACGCUGAUGGAUGUGCAAUUCAAAGACGUUAACGGGAACCACGUGGGAUUGGAUCUAAACGCCGUCGUUUCAGCCGCGGUAGCCGAUUUAGGAAACGUCGACAUCGAUCUCAAGAGCGGAAACGCCGUGAAUUCAUGGAUCAGUUAUGACGGGUCGGGUCGGGUUUUAACAGUUUACGUCUCUUACUCAAACGUGAAACCAAAAUCGCCGAUUUUGUCGGUUCCUCUCGAUCUUGAUCGUUACGUGAGCGACUCAAUGUUCGUCGGAUUCUCUGGAUCAACACAAGGAAGCACAGAGAUUCACAGUAUCGAUUGGUGGAGCUUUAGUUCAUCUUUCGAUACAUCGGAAUCUCCACCGCCGAUGUCUAAUUCUCCUCCUCCAUCGUCUCCUUCGUCAACAUCGAUCACACCAUCUGUAUCCACCGUCCGGAAGAAAACCGCCGAUCCAUCGUCCUCUUGCCGUAACAAACUCUGUAAAAAAUCACCAGCCGCCGUUGCCGGAGUAGUAACCGCCGGAGCAUUUUUCUUAGCAUUAUUCGCCGGAGUUAUAAUCUGGGUUUACUCCAAAAAGAUCAAAUAUAAUCAAAAGUCUGAAUCUUUCGCAUCGGAAAUCAUGAAAUCGCCGAGAGAAUUCACUUACAAGGAGCUUAAAUUAGCCACCGACUCUUUCAGCUCAUCGAGAGUCAUCGGGAACGGCGCAUUUGGCACCGUCUACAAAGGAAUCUUACCGGAUUCCGGCGAAAUCAUCGCAAUCAAAAGAUAUUGGGUUUGGGGUUUGUAUAGAGAAGGGAAGCUAUUGACGGCGGUGGAUGAACGGUUGAGUGAGUUUAACCAGGAGGAGAUGAAUCGGGUUUUGAUGGUGGGCCUUGCUUGUUCACAACCCGACCCGGUGACCCGGCCCACUAUGAGAAGUGUGGUUCAGAUUCUUGUUGGUGAAGCUGAUGUGCCGGAAGUUCCGAUUGCGAAGCCGUCAUCGUCUAUGAGCUUUAGUACGUCGGAGUUAUUGCUUACAUUACAAGACAGUGUAUCGGACUGUAACGAAGUUUUGGCUCCGAUCUCUACGACUUCUUCGUCGUCGGAACACGACAUCUUCAUUGUCGGCAAGGAUCGAUCGGUUUAAAAAUAAUAUUUAUUCAAAUGA